ACCUGACGUCUGGUUUUAAUUCGUGAACCGCCGCGCACGCCGGAUCGAUUUGUUUUAGACGGGUCUGGUUCCUGUUACCAAGACAGCCGACUGAUGUCAGAAAGUGGACUGAAACCUGUCUAAACUCAAGGCAGCAUGAACUAGCUUCACGGGCAAUUUUUCAGAACUGUGUUGCAGGAAGGAUGCGUAAAUCGAGAUAUAUAUUUGAAUAUUUGAUGUGUGAUGAAAUUUCACCUUCUGACCUACAUGUAAUUUGUGAAAGUUCCAAACUUGCCACGUAUCCAGAGUACUAGCAUGACUAGGCCUACCUUCAGAACAGUGGGUACGGUCCGAGCAUGCCAACCAUGCACCACCAUGUCGCAUCAUAAUGGAACAAUGAAGUCAUCUUCAACAAGAGGAGGCAGCAGUAGGUCCUGUAGACACAUUACAGGGCCUCCCAACCUCAGACGGAUACGUAAAAUGAUUUUGCGAAUGGAUGGCAAAAACAGAAGAAAGUCCACCAUGAACACUAGUAGAACUAACAGACAGGAGAUUUCUCGGAAGGAGAAAAGGAAGAUGAAAAAAGUCAGAGGAAAAGCCUACCAUGCAAAAAAGUUGAAUGCUGGUAAUCUUCAAAAGGAUUCAUUUCAAGGGAACUUGAAAGUACUGGGCAAGAACCGGGAGAAGAACAAGCGCAAAAAACGCAACAGAGCAUUAAAGCUUAGAGAAGAGCAAGCAGUGGCAAGGAGAGAAGAAGAACUAGCGCUAGCAAACAAAGAAGACGAGAGAACCAUAAAAAAGUUAGAAAACAACAUGAAUUUCAGGAAGAAGAUCAAGAAGAAUGCUCUACCAUUUGCCCUUAAAGCAGAUGGGCUAGACUAUCUUUUAGAUGUUGUGAAUCAGGACUAUAAUGAGAUGAUUGCAGAUGAAGCUGUUGACUGUCAGGACAACCCACAUAGUGACCUGGAUGCAUACAGUGAAGCAAGUAGUGAUUCAAACAAUGAGUCAGGUUGUGACAGUGACCAGCAUGCAUCAGUCAGUUUUAAGAAGCAACUUACCAGGAUUGAAUCUCAUCAGUGUUGUAGAACCAGUGAAAGUACAGACAAUGAGGAACUUGACAUACAUGUAGAUGAGGCUGGUAUGGAUGAAGCAGAGCAGUUGGAGAAGUGUACUGAUGCCCAUGUGGAAUCUAAACUACAAGGCCAGAAAACAUCAAACCCUCAAAAAAGAAAACAUACACACAUUGAAAAGGAUGGCUCAAAUGUACAUCAAGACAGUCUAGCCCCCCAAAAGUCAUCAGCAGUGAAGAUGGAUCCAUAUGGCAAUGUCGUUGAUGAACACCAAAGAAAGAGCACUGAAUCGUACAUACCACCACAGAAAAGAGCUAAGAUGAUGGGUUGUAAUCAGGAGAGACAUCAACAGCUUGGCAGAUUACAGAAACAGCUGAAAGGAUUAAUCAACAGAUUAAGUGAGUCUAACAUACAGUCAAUCAGUGGACAGAUUGAAGAAUUGUAUCUGACCAACAGCCGCAAUGAUAUGAAUCAACUAUUAACUGAAUUGGUGCUAGACUCCUGUGUUGGUCAGUUAUUGAGUGGAGACAGGUUAGUCAUGGAACACAUCAUGCUGAUCGCUGUACUUAAUGCAAGCAUUGGCACAGAAGUUGGAGCGCAUUUCAUUGAGACAUUGGCCAGAAGGUUUGCAGAUCUUUAUUCACAAGGAGAAAACUAUGGCGAUGGUAAACAAUGCGACAAUGUUAUCCUACUGUUCACUCACCUCUACAACUUUAGAGUGAUUCAUUGCACUUUGAUGUAUGACAUCAUCCGUAAACUAGCAGACAACUUUACUGAGAGAGAUAUAGAAAUGCUUCUCCUCAUUCUGAAAAAUACAGGAUUGAUGCUACGAAAGGAUGAUCCAGAAGCACUGAAGGAAAUUAUCUUGCAGAUUCAAACCAAAGCCAAAACAUGCCCAGAAGAAUUCCAACGGCAGUCAAGAGUCAAGUUCAUGCUGGAAACUAUUUAUGCAGUUCGUAACAACAAUGUCCGAAAGAUCCCAAACUAUGAUCCAGACCAACUACAGCGAAUGAAGAAAACACUGAAGGCUAUGAUUAAAGCCAAGGGUCAUACUGAUUCAGAGACUACAUUGCGAAUUUCUCUGGAACAUCUUCUAAGUGUGGAGGAACGAGGCCGCUGGUGGAUUAUUGGCUCAUCAUGGUCUAGCAACAAACCAAAACCUGUGCAACAGCAUAGUUCCUCAGAGAAACAAGUUGUCAUUGAUACACCUAGUAACACAGUUGUAGAGUUGUUUCGGCAACAGCGAAUGAAUACUGAAUUAAGGAAGGCCAUAUUCAGCAUUGUCAUGACCGCAGAGGAUUAUUUAGAUGGUUAUGAGAAGAUUUUGCACCUGAGUUUGAAGUCUGGCCAAGAGAGAGAAGUUGUUCAUGUCAUCAUCAAUUGUUGCCUGCAAGAGUCAGUGUAUAAUCCAUACUAUGCCCAUCUUGGAACCAAACUAUGCCAGCAUGACAGAAAAUACAAGAUGGCUUUCCAGUUUGCUUUCUGGGACAAAUUCAAGAUUCUCUCAGAGUUCUCUAGCAGAAAUCUUGCUCUUCUGAUCAGUCAGAUGUUGCUUUUCAGAGCUAUUUCCAUUUCUGUUUUGAAGGUGAUAGAAUUUGCAGACAUUGACAAGACUACAGUUCACUUUCUCAGGCAAACCUUGAGAUCACUACUUUUAAGUCCAUCCCAGAAAUCUGUUAUGGCUGUGUUCAGCUCGGUGACAUCGUUGCAAAAGUUGCAAAGCUUCCGUGAGAGUCUCCGUUUAUUUCUGCUGCACUUUUUACUUUCAAAGAAAAACACUAGUAAAACUGCUGAUUUGCAGGUGGAGUCAAAACUGAGAGAACGUGUUCAACAAGCUAAUCAAAUUCUGGCAGAAGAUUGUAGUGCAACAUUUUAAAGAUUUCACACAGGGUUUGUGAGACCACUAAAGACAAUUCUACCAGUAAUAGUCUCCAUGUCACUGUCGAAGAAGACAGAGUCUUAGCUUACCCUUUAAAAGGCAGUUUUUACUUGAAGACUGUGCAAUGACCGUACUAAACAGUCAUGCAUGUGUCUUAGUACCCCAGUACCUGUAUCUCUGCACAUACUGCAUUGUGUUUGUCUCAAUUUUGCACAUGUAUCUCGCAUCCAUUUUGUAUAUCAUAUUAGUAAUAUUUCGCAAGCUGCAUUGGCAGUGUUCUGUGAUAGGUUAUCUUGUGUCAUGUGUGUCCCUUCAGUAAUCCAGUUGUUUCCAACUGGACAGACACAUAUCCGCAUUUUGACCAUUUUCAUGCAGAAUUUCAACUCAAUGGAGAAAGGUAAUUACGUGUUGAAAUGAAUUUAGAAUGAAGUUAGUAAGUUCAAUGAAAACGUCUUGCCAUGAAAACAAAGCAUUGGAGGCAACAUAAUUUUGUCAAGAUGAAGGCACAUGUGUGCUUUAUUCAAAGCAUUCUGAAGAAUGAGUAAAGAUACUUUUCCAGUAAUGCUGAAUUCAGUGUGACAGUAAAUUUCAGUGUCACAUAUUUCAUCAAAAACUCUUGAACUACAAGUUAUCUCUGGAAAAGUCUAUGAAAAACCAACAUCAGUGCAAAGUGACCUGUCUUCCUGUAAGUUUCACAGGUGUUAGUCUUAAGGUGUAGAAUAUGCAUGCAUAAUUUAACUUCUUUACAUUGUAUUGAAGUGACCCACUAAGGGCAAAGACAUGUCUUGGUUUAGUGCACUUUGUGAAACCCGUGCAGUGAACAAUUGAGGUUUCAAGAACUAAUGUAAAGUUAAGGGGGUUGUGCGUGUGCAUUUGGCACACUUACCUGUGAAUUCUGGAUUUUGGUUUCCUCAUGUUUUAGAUUAAAGACUCAGAGGAAGAUCUAGUUAAAAUUUGACACAAAUUGCCCAUUUGCAAACUAUUUCACUAAAUGGCAUUAGUAAAUUAAAAGAAUUUUUAUUUCAUAAAAACAAAUAACUUAUUGUGAGUUAGUUUGUAAAAAUGCAAGUGCGCACAAAGGUUUACCUUUACGUUAGUUCAUAGUGACGGUGACAGUGCAUGUAGUAGUUCAUGCAAGGUAAACUGUAACUGAACAUAAAACCUCACCAAGAUUCUUAGCCUUGCAAAAGUAGAAUCGUGACACUUGCAAUAUUCUGAAAAGUUGAGUAGAAAUCCUCCCACAGUCCCACAAAUUUAAGCCACAUUUCCCUCAAUCAUUUGGACUUGAAUGUGUAUGAAUUCAAUUGUAAAUUACUUGCUACAUCAAUCUGUUACCUGCACUUCAGUUUGCCCUUCUUAAUGAGAAUACAAAUGCAAACAUGGACACAGUAAAAUUAAAUGCAAGUUGGAAUUAUCUGCAUGCCUAGAAUACUUAUUGUACUCUUUCACACACUAUUUUCAAGGGAUACACAAGGUUAUUUAACAAACACCAAUAUGUAUAAAUUUCAAGACUUACUUUUGGUCAUUUACACUUCUAAAUUAUACCAAGGUGAUACUUAGAUUUAAUUGGUAUAGUACAGGGUGUGUACAGGUGGCUGUAAAUUAUGCAAAUUCUGUACUGUACCUUGGAAUACAAGUGUUGAUUUGAGAACAUUCAAAAUGCCCCAACGCCAUUGAGUUUCUUCACAGAUUUGGUCGAAAUCUUCACCCACAUUAAAAACUACUACAUAGCAAAUUAUUCAUGUCUGAAUUAUGGCAGACUUACUUUUGCCAAAGUACCUGUCAGUAGUCUUGGAAGCACCUAGACGGAAUGCAUUGAAAAAGUAGUUCCUGGCAGAGCAAGAUAUUUCAGCUUGCUUACCUUUCCCAGUCCUUGGCAGAUGCAACCAACAGGCAACUAUUAACCAACAGACAACUAUCAGCCACUUUAAGUUGGCCAACAGUCCAUUUAGCUUAUAAGGUAGAAACAAUCCUCCAAACAAAAAAGAUACGAUUGGGGAGUGGCUUAAUUGUGAGCUAUAUACAUACAUGUAGUUCCAUGGUCACAUCCAUGGUAAAUACCACUGCUCAAAUUAAUCCGUGAAAUAGUGUCGUGGUGUGUAUAUUAUCAUUAAAAGCAUGCAUUUCAUCUUCCUUGGUCCUACAGUACUAGUUAGGCAUGAGUAAUGAUUGAUAAAUUGUUCAUGAUUACAUGUAUUAAAUACACAUGUAUAAAAGAAUACAAUAAAAUACUUCUUUUCUAUUGAUUAA